CUGCCCUCGAGAGAGGCAACUUCCCAUAAAUGGAAAGUGCGAACAACCUCAAAUUUAAUUUGAUUUUCCAUAAAUACAACACAAAAUUUAACAUUAGCAAUUCCAAACAUAAGUGAUCAUCACUAGCUAAUUACCAUUUACCCCUCCCGGCCCGUUCCUUUCCCAUCCAACUCGAUACAUCCGCCACUCCACCUUCCCUGCCUGCCGGGGGAGACGCAAACUUUCCAUAAAUGGGAAGUGUGGGGGGGGAGUAUAUACAAAUUCGAUUGUAUAUAAAGUUGUUAGGCCUAGACUUGAUUACUACAUGCUAAAAAACCUUACUCGACCUGCUUACUACUACUUCACUACUAACCUUUGAUCUCUCAACACCACAAAUGUCUCUUUCUUGUCUGAAAAACACGCUAAGUAAAAAGCUCUGCAAUCACCAUUUUCACAUCAGCAAUGGCCUACUCUCCACAGACCUUCUUCCAUCGCUAGAAACCCGAACCAGGAAGCCCCGACGCCACAUAAUCUCCCCUUACGAUCCAUGCUAUAGGAUAUGGGAGACGUUUCUAGUCCUCCUGGUGGUGUAUUCGGCGUGGAUUUCGCCUUUCCAGUUCGCAUUCCUGAGCUACAAGCAAGACACUCUCUUCAUAGUCGACAACAUCAUCAACAGCUUCUUCGCAGUGGACAUCCUUCUCACCUUCUUCCUCGCCUACCUCGACACACACUCCUACGUUGUAGUAGAUGAUCCAAAGAGAAUAGCAGUCAGGUAUCUAACAUCAUGGUUCAUAUUCGAUGUGUGUUCAACUGUUCCAUUCCAAUUCGUUGCAAUCUGCUUCACAUACAAGAGCGGCGGAUUGGGGUUCAACCUGCUUGCGAUGCUCCGGCUAUGGCGGCUGAGGCGCGUGAGCUGUCUGUUCGCGAGGCUGGAGAAGGACAUCAGAUUCAACUACUUCUGGACUCGUUGCACCAAGCUGGUUGCAGUAACUCUAUUCGCCGUGCAUUGCGCGGGGUGCGUGAACUACAUGAUCGCGGAUAGAUACUGGGAUCCUCGAAGAACUUGGAUCGGAGCGGUGUAUCCGAACUUCAAGGAGAUGGGGAUUUGGGACAAGUAUGUAGCGGCAUUGUACUGGUCCAUAGUGACCUUGACCACCACCGGCUAUGGCGAUUUGCACGCCGAGAAUCCAAGGGAGAUGCUCUUCGACAUUCUCUACAUGCUCUUCAACCUCGGCUUGACCUCCUAUCUCAUUGGCAACAUGACCAACCUCGUCCUCCAUUGGAGCUGCUGCACUGCACACUUCAGGGACAGUAUUGGUGCGGCCUCCGAAUUCGUGAAGCGAAACCAGCUGCCUCCGGACAUCAAAGAUCAGAUUCUAUCGCACAUGUGCCUCAAAUUCAAGACAGAAGGAUUGAAGCAGCAGCAGACAUUGAAGGGGCUGCCUAAGGCCAUUCGUUGCAGCAUUGCGCACUAUCUCUUCUUCCCGAUUGUUCGAGAAGCUCGCAUCUUCCAUGGUGUAUCACAGGACUUCCUUCUCCAAUUGGUUGCAGAAGUGGAAGUGGAAUGGUACCCCCCAAGAGAAGACAUCAUCCUGCAAAAUGAGACAUCAACAGAUGCAUAUGUAAUCAUCUCUGGAUCCGCGGAUUUUGUAGUGAAGAUCAAUGGACAUGAUCAAAUUAUGGGAAAGGCUUGUGCAGGGGAGAUGGUGGGAGAAGUAGGUGUACUGUGUGAAAAGCCGCAGCCAUUAGGCGUUCGGACGGCUGAGAUCUCUCAGACGCUACGCCUCAACAAGGACGCGUUUCUCACCAUUCUCCGAUCAAAUCCAAACGACGAACAAAUAGUCAUGAACAAUCUGUUGCAGAAACUCAAGGAGUGGAAAGGUGUUGACAUUGAGGGGCAGCAGGACCCGAGUCUGGUCCUGAGUAAUUGGUGGAAUUCGAACUCGAGAUUGGUGCAGGAGCAGCAGAAAUCGUCUGGCCACCUCGAAAUGGUGAGGCUUUUGCUGGAGAAGCAAGGGAAGGAGAAUAAAUCGAGCGAUAAAUAUGAUGACCAUCUAACAAAAGAUGAAGGCAUAGCAGAGCUCUUCGUGCUCAACAGCAGGAAAUCGAGGUCAGGCAGAGAGGCGACGAGCAGAUCGGAGAAGAGAGUGACGAUUCACAUGAAUUUCGACGAGGACAAGGUUGCAAGAAACCACCAUGGCAAGCUCAUAAUCCUACCUAAUUCACUACAAGACCUACUCAAAAUAGCAGGUGAGAAAUUUGGUGACAAGAAUCUUGAAAGAGUAGUAAACGCAGAAAACGCACAAGUUGACGACUUGAGCGUUGUGAGAGAUGGUGAUCAUCUCUUUCUCCUACCAAGAAAUGUGUGAAGGUAAGGAAAUAUGUAAGUGACGACUAUCGUCGUAUGCAAAUGCAUAAUGGUAGAGAGCAAUUUGUAUGCUCAUCAUUAAUCUAACUAAGUCACAAUUAAUAAUAACUGCAAAAAAAAAAAAAAAAAAUCUAGAAC